UUUGCCAAAACAGGGAAAAAUCCAAAAGAACAUAAAGCCCUAGACUGUCAGCCGACUACUAUUUAUAACACCCAUGAGAGACUCCCCGGAAUCUGUCCCUGCAUUUUGUACUUGACACUUUCAGGAAAAAAAAAAAAAGAAAAAGAAAAAGAAAUCUUGAUCUUCCCAACACACCUGCUUUCUACAUCCCACCACCCCAACCCGUAAUUGCCCAAAGAGAGACAAACACACAGACACAAAAACACAAAGAUGAGGGGCAGAUCUUGUUCAGGUUCAAGUUCAAGGCAAGUAGACAAGCUUGACAAUCUCAAAGAAAAGCCUCAUCUCUCUGGCGCAUACAUCCGUAGCCUUGUAAAGCAGCUAACUUCUUCAAGAACCAAAGACCCACCCACAAGAAUUAGUCCCAAAGAUCCAGACAACACUACUACUACUACUCACACCACCACCACCACCACUACUGCUUUAGAUAGAGAUGAAUUUCAUGGCCACCAAAAUUUAACCAAAUUUGGUCAGGUUUCGAGUGAGGGACAACACCCAUCCCAACCACCAGCACCUCAACGGCACAAAAAACAAGUUAGAAGGAGGCUUCACACCAGUAGGCCUUACCAAGAGAGGCUUUUAAAUAUGGCCGAGGCAAGGAGAGAAAUAGUCACUGCUCUUAAGUUCCACAGAGCAGCAAUGAAACAAUCCAACGAGCAACGCCACCAACCACCACCACCGCGGCCACAAGAACCCCAACCCCAACACCAACAAUUGCAGCCUCCAGCUCAGCAAUUAUCAGUGCAACAAGGAAAGAUAAAAUCUAGGAGGAAUCUUCCCAAAAUUUACCCAUCUACCAAACCCAGUUUCUCAAACUAUCUCGCAAGCAUCUCCCACUCAUCUCAAACUAUCUGUUGUUCUUCUCAAAAUCCUUACUCUUCUUGUCCUGCUUCUCAAAUCGCUCCUCCUCCUCCUUCCCCAGCCAACCCUGAAAAUCUCAAUAUAAAUCUCACACUCCCUAGCCAAACCUUAGGAUUGAAUCUCAAUUUUCAGGACUUUAAUAACUUGGAUGCAACUAUGUACUACAAAAACUGCAACAACCCAUCAUCAAUCUACUCGUCGUCCUUGUCUCCAUCAUCAUCGUCAACGUCUCCUUCAACCACACUUCCUGUUAACACCACUGAUCAGGAAUUCCCUAGAAGUUCCGCUUCCUUGUCAAUAUUACAACAACAGGGGACUUCUGCAGCCAUGGGUGACGUUGCAGACCCGGCCAAUAGAGGUGGAGGUGGAGGUGGAGGUGGAGUUGGAGGUGGAGACUUAGGCUUACAUCUGGCGAUGGAUGAUCAGGAGAUGGCAGAGAUCAGAUCGAUAGGAGAACAACAUGAGAUGGAGUGGAAUGACACCUUGAAUUUAGUAACAUCCGCGUGGUGGUUCAAGUUCUUCAAGACUACCAAAAUUAGACCAAAGGGCAAAGGUAAAGACGAUAAUGAUGAUAAUGAUAAUGAUAAUUAUGAUGAUGACGACGACGACGACGAUGAUGAUGAUGGGUACUAUCCUUUUGAUGAAGUUAUGGAAUUCCCGGCCUGGUUGAAUAAUUCAAAUGACGGCCAUCAUUAUAUGAAUGACCACUGCUCAUUAGAUGACUACUUCCAAGCUCCUGCCUUGCCAUGCAUGGACAUCGGGGAGAUUGAAGAAAUCGAUGCGGAAUGGUUAACUUGAGAAAGAUUGACUAUCAUCAAUAUUAUUAUUAUUAUUUUCUCUAAGCAAAUCUUUGCCCGCCCAAAUGUUUUCCAUUUUUCCUCCCUAGUUUUUGAAAUGCAUUUUCUCUAAUAAGGCUUGCAAGAUAGUGAAAGUUGACGGGCCAUGGUGGAAAAUGACAUGCAAGGAACGACUGAGUUUGGCUUUCUCCAUUUGACUAUUGUUUGAAUUUUUAUAUGUAGUUAUUUAUAUUUCUUCCUCCAAUCUCGUAUGAAUGUUUUGUAGCAUUGGACAUUUUAAAUUAAUGCGAAAACA